CAGUUGGCCCUAUUCAUUGUUAUCCCAGCUCACUUCUAGCAAGCGUCACUGGACCCCAGCGCAAGAGAAGAAUUCCAGUUUCAACAUUUUGACCUGCUGAAGUACUGGGGCAAUUGAGAUGACAGAUGGAUGCUCACAAUUUGGAAAUGAGAACUUGAGUGAAGAAUCGAGAAGGCAAGUCUCUGGUCCAUGCAUGCAUUCCCAGAGACUAACAUUACUGGUAAAGCUACCCACAAUUGUUGUCCCCCAGUGAGAAACAAACCAAGAGAUUGCUGUUCCACUCGGGAUUGACCAAGAAGCCAUGAAAUCCCUGACUGCAGGAAACUUAGAAGAUUGCCUACUGAGUCAGGUGGACUGGAGGCGCCAGUGGAUUUCCCAGAUUGUGGAGGAGGUGCAGAAGGUCGUCCACUGUCUGACCACAGAAAUCAGCUACCGAGAUCUUCGAUUCCAGGCCGUCCCUUACUCUGACACGUAUAACGGGAACAUCAAGGUUUUGGCCCCCAGCCAGUUCCUCGUCACAGUCCCAGUGAAAGGCCUGGCCGGGUACAGGGAGGCCAAGGAGCAGCACUGGCGAUACUACACCCUGCAGGGCACCAGGCUGCCCUGCCCCUUGCGGGACCCUGAGGGCCUGGAGCAGUGGCUGGCAGUGGAGCAGUUUAUGAAGAGCCUGUGGCAGUGGCACGAGGCAGAUGUGAACAUCGAGGGAGACAUCGUGCCUGCCAAGGUCCUCCAGGUGUUCCGGAAGCUGGUAGAAAACGCAAUUGGAACCUGUCACCUCUCAGGUAAGGUCAGCAUGCUAGCAAACCGCCGUGCAGUUUGCGUUGCCGUGGAAACAUCCGCAUGUCAGGUGGAAGUAGAGCUGGCCCCCGCAGUGGAGAUCCCCACCGUCUGGUCCAAGAAAGCCCAGUGGCCUCCAUGCCUGAAGCGCUGGCCUUCCCCAGAGAGAGUAGAGUGCAUCAAGUCAUUUGGAUUUACCUUGUUGGCCUGUUCAAAUUAUCACUGGCAGCUGAGCUUCUUGCGGGCCGAGCAGGUGUUGCUGGAGCAGCUGGAUGAGGACGGGGGCUGCCGCAGGAAGUGUUUUCAGGUCAUGAGGCAGAUGAAGGAGGAUCAUUGGUGUCCAGGGAAGAGGCCUGUUAUCACAUCCCACCAUCUGCAGACAGUGCUCUUCUGGACUUGUGAGAAAUAUCCGCGCUUGAAGGACUGGCAGAUCUUCAGCAAAGCCUUCCUGCGCCUGGUGAGGAAGCUGCACAAGUGCGUGAGCCAGCACUUUCUGAAACACUACUUCGUGCGCAAGAGCAACCUCCUUCAGUAUGCCAACUGGGGUGAGCUGGAUGUGGUGGCCCAGAAACUGGCCUUCUUCCUGAAGGAUCCCCACAUCAGCCUGCCCUGAGGCUCUUGGACUUUUCAUUCUGACUUGACCUCAUUCUCUGGGAUUAAUCCAGUCAGAUGCCAGGAUCCUGUCCAGGAGAGAAGCAACAGAUGGCCGAGGAAUUGACAUCGGCCCAGUAGCACUCAACAGGGGGAGAACUGUGCCCUAAGAUGUCUGACCCAGGCCUCCCUGGAGUGAAGCCAGCAUUUCAACCCUCACUAGCUACCUCUCUUGGGGACAGCUUGCAGCAAGCUUCCCCAAGCCAGAUUCUGAACUGAUGACAGUUCCGAAGUUAUUUUCCCUUGCUCAGGCUCUGAAGGUCUGACAGAUGGAGACAAGAACCUCUGGAGGGCCAGGCAUCCGCCAGCUGCCCAGCAGUGGUUCUCCAGCCCACAGACCAUGGGCUCAUUAUCUUUCCAUUUGUAAAAUGGGACUGUUAAUAUGCCCCCCUCACAGCAGGGCUCUGAACCCAUGAGACUGUGCUGGUGCGCUUUGGAGGGGAAGGUACUGGAUGAGCACAAAGUGUUACUGUUGGUUUAGUAGCCGGUCUUUGUGUCCGGGGUCAAUACCUACCCCACUGAUUCAAUGAUUAUGUCUGCUGGUUUAGCACGCCUGUGUUUCCGUCGCUGCCCUCCAGCUCUCCCAAACGGUGGUUCGUGGCUUGUGGUUCUGUCUGCUUCCCUGGUUUCUCUAAGUAGGAAAAGAGUGGUUUGAUGACUACUGUCAAAGAUGAAGUGCAGCCACUACCCUCUCCUCGCUUCCCAUGCUGUGGGACAGGGGUGGAACUUCCUAAUAUUUAUGAAUGAACUUGGUACUGUGAUCUGCACGGAAUGACUCGGGUGUCACUCACCUCUCCAUUCCUUCCUUUGCUCACUUCAUUCACUCACUCAUUCAUUGAUAAAGGCAUGUUCAUUAGGCACUGUGAAUGCAGCAAAGAGCAAGAUGGACAAGGCUCACGUGAUGGACGAUGCCUAAUGGUGGAGACAGGAAAUGAACAACAGAUAAAUAAGCAUGAUCAUUACAAAUUGUAGCAAGUGCCUUGAAGGAAAUAAACAGAAUAUUGAUAUAGAGCCACAGAGAGAUCCUUGAAGGAUGAAAAUGCAAACAACUGAAGGAGGAGGAAGGGGGGCCGAGGGCCAACUUGGAGCGGCUGGCAUGAGUCAGCUGACUUGGCCUUGGAAAGCUGGUAAGGAAUUUGUAUUUCAUUCUAAAAUCAAUGGUGUGACCUUUGUCCUCUCCUGAAGCAGGGGGGAAUCAUGAUCUGAUGUGCAUUUUAAAUGCCCAUGCUAGCGGCUGCAUAAAAAUGGGGUUCACACAAGGGUCAGAGACACGGAGGGCUCUUGAGCACACCCGUUUUGAAUUUCACUGAGGUCCCAAGGCCGCACAUCCUGUGCAGCACAUUGACCAGGAAUUCUAGGAGUUCUUGGGGAAAUCAAUAGUUUCUUCUGGCAUUUACUUAAAGUUCUCAACUCAAGGGAAUCCUUUAUCACUUAAAACAUUUUCCCCAAAUAUGUGAGUGAAAUUUCUAAAAGUGUCAACUACGGAUUUUUUCAAGAAAAGUCACAUUUGAAAAUGAAAACAAUUAUUUUUACAAAAAUGCUGUAACCAAAUGGUGGGGUCCCUGGACUAUCACAUAGGAAAUCAUGGUUUUAAAUUGUUGAAAAGAAACAAUCUUGCCAAAUAUAUGAAUUGAUAAUUUUUGAAAACAUGAAAUGAUGAGCAAACCAAUGUUUUGCUAAAUCAUCAAAACUUGCAUUCAAAUUCUCAUAU